AUGGAGAUUACUGCAGCAGCCACAAGAAGAACAAGAGCUUCGAAGAAUAUUCUGAAGUUGGCUAAGAAGGGAUUGAAGAGAGGGAUUGAGAGUGCGCAGAGGAAGAUUUUGAAGUUUGGUAGAAUCAAGAUUGGAAAUCAUAUUCCGUUGGUGAAUUGUGAAGAGGAGUUUCAGGCUGAUUUUCAAUAUAGGAAAGAGGAGCAAAAACAAAUCAAGGAGGAGAAGGUUUGUUAGGAUUUUUGGAAUUUUUAGAUUGUCUUCUUUACCAAAUUCCGAAACUUAUCAAAACUCCCGCAUUUUUUUUUUCUAGAAACGUCGUGAGUUAUUCGAACGCAACGCAAUAAUCAUCCCAUUCUUGCUAAUUCGCUCGGAUAUUCGUGGAAACUAUGAACUUUAUUGUGAUCAUCUCGAUCUUCUUGUCGAAACAGUUCUCAAAGAUUGCAAAGGAAUCAAAUAUCUGGGAGAUGUUUUAACAUUCCAACAUGAGAAUAUUGCGCUUAUUUUCAAAACAAUUGGUAAGCCCUAGCCACCCAAUAAAAUAAAUCCAAAUUCAUAUCAAAUCCCAAUUUUUUCAGUGAGUCAUGUGAGUGGGAUCAAAGAAUUGAUUUUGGAUUCGAUUGGAAAUUCAAUAAUUAUGCAAACAAUUAUUGAUUUCUACCAAGUUAUGAACAAUAAUAGCAAUCGAUGUGAGAGAUUCCAUUUGGAAAACUUGUCAGUUGUUGGAAGUACUCGGAUGAAUGAUAUGGAAACACUUUCGGCACUCUUGAUGUUGUCUCGAAGAACAUUGGGAAGUCUUCGAUUGCGAUAUUGCAAGGUUCAUUCAUCCGAACAAGCUUUGAGAUUAUGGACAGCAGUUUCGCAAUGCGUCAAACUCACACAACUUCAAUACGAACCAUAUCGUAAUGAUCAAUUCAGUCGACCAUAUUUAAUUGACGCAAUUUCCAAGAAAAAAUUGACGUCGUUGAUUUUAACCGAUGUUGAUGGGAUUACAAAUGAUGAUGUUCUUGAGAUGUCCGCGCCUGCUACGUUGACAGAAUUGGCUGUGAUUGGACAAAACAUCACAGCGGAUUUGUAUGCUCAACCAGCUGCUCGAAGAAUUUUAUCGAAUCUUGAUAGUCUUUUGAUUCAAGUUGAUGAAUCAUUUGAUCUUCAGAAUUGUCAAUUGAGGAAUAGUGUCAUUUGUGCAUUGAUCAAUUUAAGUAACACAAGUUUACUCGAAGUUAUUCAUACGGCAAAAUCUACAAUUACCGACACUGCUAAAAUUAUUAGUUAUUGGCUCAAUUUAUCAAAGUGAGUUUGUUAAAGAAUGUUUAAGACACGACCAUUUACUCCAAUAGAAAAUUGCCCCUCGGGUCAGACGAGAGACGACGAGAGUCUGAUGACGUCAUCUGAGACAGAGAAAGACAUCGCUUCGAGAUAUUUUUGAGAAAAUAUGUGUCCCUUUGAAAAAAUACCGUACUUUGUUUCAAGGAACACAUGUUUUAUUGAAAAUAUCUCGAAGCGAAAUUCAUUUUUGAGAUAUUUUUGCAAAAUACUCUCGUCGUCUCGCGUCUGACUCAACGGGCGCCUUGUAUGGUCGUGAAGAAAAAUAAAAUUGAAGCAAAUGCGCUCUAGUAGACAUUUGGAUUUAAUUUUUUUAAUUCAAAUUUCAUAUUUCACAUUUUCAAUUUUCAGUGAAACCGAGCGAACGAUCAUGCUAAAACUCGAAGAUUGUUCCCAAGAUCGUCAAGACGCCGCAAUCGGUCGAGUUCUUCGAAAAUGCCGAAAAGCCCAUAAAUCAUCGUGUUCAGAAAAUGGAAUCAGUUUAACUAUUGCAUGUGGAGAACUAAUUGUGUUGGACAAAAAAACUUGGUUCACCGAUGAGAACUUGGUGUAA